UCUCUCUCUCUCUCUCCGAUCGAGCCUGCCAACUUAAAUUCCUCUCAACUCAAGUCUGACGGCGUAUUAUGGUCGACGUUCACAGCGUGUCAACAGUUACUGUGAACGUAUGCAGGUUGGACAAACAUUUACGGCUUGUGCUACUUAACAAUAGCGAGCCUGUAUAAUAUGCAAUUCGAAUUCUGGCCAUUGGAAUAUAGCCUAACAUGUUAUUCGUACCAGGUGAAUGCAUGAAAUCUUUUGUAACGAGGUACUUAACAAAGAUUUGUUCAUUAAAUUUGAUUAUAUUACGAAAAUAGCCUAUUGUGAAGCUCUUUGGGGUGCGAGGAAAAUGCUCUACACAAUGUUUAUCACCUGGAUACACUGUCUGGAUUGGAGGUGGGUGUGACUGAGGUUUAACAUAACAGUGAGAUAAGUGAAGACGCACAAUCGCGCUGGGCAAACACAACUUGUAAACAGAUAAAAGGACAUACAUAAAUGAUCUGUCUGAUAUGCAGUGCCAGCCUCUUCUUUCGCUCAUUUGCUAUACACACUAUUCAGUGCACAAAACUGAAUCAGUCUAAACAUGGCUGCAUCCGCACCGCUGGUGAGCACAAAAUGGUUGAGCGAUGCUCUAGGUGAACAAACUUCGCCGUCGUCAUCGUUAUCAUCGUCGACGUCAUGCACACUACGUGUGAUCGAUGCCACGUGGCUGGGUAUCAUGACCGAGGGCCGAGACGCCUACCAGACCGAACACGUACCUGGGUCGGUCCAUUUCGAUCUCAACCAGUGCCGAGAUAAAACUUCCCGCCUUGAAUUCACACUCCCGUCCGCCGAAAACUUUGCAAAGUACGUCGGUGAGCUCGGCAUCGACAACGAGACCCACGUCAUCGUGUACGAGAAUGACCCAAUAUUCCGUAUGAUGUCAGCACCGCGGACAUGGUGGAUGUUCAGACUGUUUGGUCAUGAUAAGGUGUCGGUUCUGGAUGGAGGAUUAAAGCAGUGGAAGGAAGAUGGUUACGCAGUCGAGAGCGGGGACGAGUCGGUGGUCGACCAGCGGGUUUUCUCGGCAAAGCCGGCUAACCCCAGUCUCCUCAAGAAUUUCGAUGAGGUUUUGGAAAACCAGAAGACGGAUAAUUUCACUUUGAUUGAUUGUAGGCAACCGGAAUGGUUCGACGGCAGUAUGGAUUCUAUUUGGCCUAACUUGCCGUUGGGGUACAUCCUGAAGUCGAUCAACGUUCCUUUCAGCAGCAUGGUCCGUAGUGAUAGCGACCGCAUGGUAGCGCGGGAAGACAUUCUCAAACUUUUUCAAUCGGCGGGUAUCGAUCUCACACAGCCUCUCGUUAGCUCGUGUUUCGUGGGCAUCAGCGCGUGCACGAUCGCGCUCGCGGCCUACGUGGUCGGGAAGGAGGACGUGGCGAUCUACGACGGAUCGUGGGACGAGUUCUGCAAGAGCGCUCCGAAGGACUCGCAUGUCAUCAUCCCGGCUCCAAAGUUGUAAGAUAUCCCGAUUAGUCGCGUAGCACCGCGAGGGGCGGGGGGAAUGUUUACAGAGGCUCAUCUGAU